AUGUAGUACACAGCUGCUGCUACUACAGCACAUUUAACACAUUUAACUGUUUCACUAUCAAUGGAAGUGACUCUCCCUUACACUUUAAAUGUAUUAAGUGUCGCCAUUACUGUCUAAAGACAACGAGAGUUAGUUUGAACACAUUUUCCCGCGGUUUGGACUCGUUGUUUGUAUGACUGGCAUUGCAGUACAGUAACGUUAAUAGGAGCUAGCAGCUUAAAUGCUGUUUCCUUCAACGCACUACAUCCGGAAAAGACAAACUCCAGGCUCAAGAGGUCCUGCUGCUAGCGGGACCAAAAGGACUUGGCCACCCUGGACCACAUAAGACCCUGUUCAUUCUGGGACAGGAAGGACUCGGCCGCCCUGGAUCACAUCAAACCAUGCUGGUACUGGGACAAGAAGGACCUGGCCCACACCCCGUCGCAGUCAGAGGGACUGGACCCUGCCACUGAGGCCCGGUACCGGAGAGAAGGGGCUCGGUUCAUCUUUGAUGUUGGUACACGACUUGGGCUGCACUAUGAAACACUGGCAACUGGAAUCGUUUACUUCCACCGCUUCUACAUGUUCCACUCAUUCAAGCAGUUCCCUAGAUAUGUGACAGGAGGAUGCUGCCUUUUCCUGGCAGGCAAAGUGGAGGAAACACCGAAGAAGUGCAAAGACAUCAUCAAGACAGCCCGCAGCCUGCUCAACGAUAUCCAGUUUGCACAGUUUGGAGAUGAUCCCAAGGAGGAGGUAAUGGUGUUGGAGCGCAUCCUGCUGCAGACCAUCAAGUUUGACCUGCAGGUGGAGCACCCCUACCAGUUCCUGCUACGCUAUGCAAAGCAGCUUAAAGGUGACAAGAACAAGGUGCAGAAGCUGGUCCAGAUGGCCUGGACGUUUGUGAAUGACAGCCUUUGCACCAUGGUGGUCCUGCAGUGGGAGCCACAAAUUGUAGCAGUGGCCGUCAUGUAUCUGGCCGGUCGUCUCUCUAAGCUCGACAUCCAGGAGUGGACGUCCAAGCAGUCAUCUCGUCGCUGGUGGGAGCAGUUUGUCCAUGAUGUGCCUGUGGAGGUGCUAGAAGAUAUCUGCCAUCAGAUCUUGGACUUGUAUUCUCAGGCCAAGCAGCAGAUUCCUGAUGGAGGGCUCGGAAGUGGGGAGAACGCCCCACCAUCUUCCAUCCUAUCUCCCAUAGUCUCACAGCUGAUCAAGAAAGCCUCCCCUCAGUCCAGCCCCAGACCACCAAGACCAGUUCAGCCAUCUCCCAAAGAUGACAGCAAGGCCCCUAAGCUCCCAACUAUUGAACCUCCACCUCCUCCACCACCCCCUCCUCCUCCGGUCUCUAUGAAUCCAGAUCUCCCCUCUAAACCAAACCCCCCACCUUUACCCCACUGCCCACCUCCCCCACCUCCUCCCCCUAUAGACCUUCCCACCUCUAGCUCCCUGGUGUCCAGUGAAGGCUACCAGAAUCUCCAGUCUAUGAUGAAGACAGACGGCACCUGUUACACCACCAUACCCCAGGCCUGUGCCCCACCCAUGGGUUACCACCCCUAUGGCCCAGGCACAACGGCCUACCACACUCCCCCACUCUCCGCCUACAGCUACUUGCUUGCACCUCCCCCGCCCUCAGUCAUGGGGAUGGCAUCCGGUUUGCCUAGUGGGUAUCCCCCACCAACAACCGCAGGACACAAUCAACUACCACCUCCGCUGCCUCCUGGUAUGCCCCCUGUUGGCGGGAUGAAUCGGGGAACAUGGAUGAGAUGAGCCAAAUGAUAACACAAAGUUUUAGAAAAGUUCAGAUAAAAUCUUUUAAACUAUUGGGAUUGAUCUAAAAUGACAGUGAUCAACUUUGACUAAAGGAGAACACUUUCAUUGCCAGUUUUGUGGUGAAAAUGUGUACUUUUACACAAUUAUGAAAAGCUCAUGUAGGUGUUACUUGACAAAACAGUGUUGACAGAGACAUGGAGGAUUAUAAGAUGAAUGUCUUCCUUUAGUUCUCUGCUUUUUUGCACAACACAUUGUGUCAUUUUUUUAAAAAGUAGACAGUAUUGUGCUUUGAUAAUCACAACUGCCUCAUGUCCUAUUUAAAUACUGAUAGGAAUUGUGUUGUUGUCAUGUGGGAUCCAAGUACUUUCCUUUUUUGCAUCAGAUUUUUCCAGUUUGAAUAUUAUGAGUGAAAUGUUUUUGGUGUUUAGCAGCACAUGUGGAAUUACAUUUUUGUUUAAAGCCUAUUAAAUGAGAACGCAGCACUGUAAAAUGCAUUUUCUCCUAUUUUAAGUUGCUCAGUCCAUUAUGUUUCUAUCCCUUAAAAGAAAUAUAAUGGAUUGAUCAAUCAACAACUGAUCAAUCAGUCCUUUAAGUUCCGGUUCACACAGAAAUGUUUCCUUUUGUCAGCUUUAAUUCAACUUGUUCAAUUUUUGUUUUUGUAAUUACUUUAUUUUCGUAUAAUGUGAAUACAUAAGCACACCCUUUU